AUUUUUAAUUUUUCUACUUGUCAAAUGUCAUGUCAUAAUAAAUUGAAAAUUUUUAAUUCGCUGGAUUUAUUUUUCUAUUAUUCUCUAACAUUAUUUUCAAAUAUUUAAAGACGAACCUAAAUUACAUAAUGGUGAUACGUGUUCAUAAUUAAUUGUGACGUUUUUCAAUUCGGACACGUUUUUAAUAAUGCCUUGUAUAUUUGAUGCCAUACAACCCUUAUCCAAUAGAGAACGUACCACAAGAAGUCGAACACGAUCUUUACGCACACUUAAGAGAGUUGUGGCCAACGACGGCACUCAAAAGGAUGAAUUUGAACACUUUUGCAAUAUCUCGUUAAAUGAUAGAAUAACUGGUAUUAUGCAAAUUGAUAUGUACGAACCUGUUAUUAUUCACACAAAUCUACAGUUUUUAAAAAACUAUCACGUGUGUGAAAGUUCGUCUAGUAUUCGUGUGACAGUUCCCUGUGAGAGUGGCCGUAAGUCUCCUAGUAAACCCCAAAUAAAGUCAUUGAAACGUACAAAAACAAGAAACCCGCUUAAUAAUAAUGAUGUACAUAAUGCCUCCCUCCAGAGUAAACCGAACGCUCAGGUCCUACAUUUAAAUUCGGAGUUAAAUAGUGAAAAUAUUGUUUGUGAAGAAGAUGAUGUGAUAAUUGUUAAUCCAGCAGAUGAAAAUGUUAUUGUUAUCGAGGACUCAUUUGUAGCACCUAAUAAUGAAUAUAUUCCACUGACAUCACAGACAGAUAGUGCCACUUUGAAAUCCACAUCUGAUGUUUCCUUCAUUGAUAUUCAGGAUGAGGAAGAAGAUAAGGAUGUCAUUUUUGUGAAAGAAGAAGUGAAUAACCCGUACAAUAACAGGCAAACGAAGAAACUUCAAGCAAAGAAAAAAAAAUUUGAAAGAAGAAAAGCGAAACAAAAUCGUAAGAAGAAGAGAUUGAAGGAAGCCACCCUAAGGUUUUUCUGUGCAAGCACAAUUUCAGAAUUACUUAAAAAACGAUGUGUGAAGUGCAUCAAGCUCAGCUCUGAGGAAGCUAAAAGGUGUAGUUGUAAAAAGGGUCUAGACGGCCUGACGAAUACUUCAGUUGUGGCACGGUCAAGAUCACAAAGUCCUCGCAAAUCUUCAAGUGCCAACCGAGAAUUCAAUCCAAUUAUUUGUAGCCCACAAAAUAACGCUUCCAUUAUUUCGCCACGUUCAAAAUCGCGAAGUCCUCGCAAAUCAUUGAACAACAAUGUACAAGUUCCUUUUAGUGGCACACAAAAUAUUCCCCCACUUCUGAGCUUUAGGGCAAGUGGAAGCUUGAGAGAAAUUGUAAUAGAUGGUAGCAAUGUGGCUUUUGGACACUCUAAUGGAAAACAUUUCUCAGUAAAAGGUUUGCAAAUAGCUAUAGACUAUUUUGUUAAACGAGGCCAUAAGGUAGUAGCAUUUGUGCCACAGUUUCGCCAGAAGCACAACCAAACAACAAACAGAAAUCUUUUACUUUCUUUAGCGGAUAAGGGAUACGUUGUGUUUACACCGUCCCGAGAAGUGAAUGGAAGAAGAAUUACUCCAUACGACGAUAGAUAUAUUAUUCAAUACGCUGCUGCCUGUGAGGGUGUGGUUGUUUCUAGUGAUAAUUACAGAGAUUUGUUUAUGGAAAGGCUCGACUGGCGGACAACUAUCGAAAGACGAUUACUUAUGCCUACUUGGGUAGGCGAUAUGUUGAUGUUUCCAGAAGAUCCAUUAGGAAGACAUGGUCCAAAUUUAUCGAGAUUUUUAAGAUUUCCCUGAUGACAAAAUUCACACAAACAUUUCAUAGAUAUCAAAGAUAAAUUUAUACAAUGUUUCUUUUUUCGCCACAAAUAUAUCAAUCGGAAUAUA